AUGAUCGACGAUCGGCUGAGUUCUACGUCGGUCUACGUCGACUACGCCUGCAAAAGAACGGCAAUAGCGACAGUAGUCCUCUCACGGGCCCUGUCGAAUAACUCGGCGAUCCGCUGCAGCAGAAGGAGGGUCCUGGUGAGCGUGACCUCGUUCAUGUUGCCGCACGGAGCGGUGGUCUGCAAGGCAGCCUUGAGCAGGCAGUGUAAUCUGCAGAAGCUCUGCAGAGUGCAGCGGAUGAUGAACCUGCGAGUAAUCAGCGCUUUCCGAAAGGUGUCCACGGUAGCUGCUGAAGUUGUGGCGGGGGUCAUGCCCAACUCGGUUCAGAUGCUAGAGAGGCCUCGAUGUUCAACUGGCAGCACCAGUGGGACAGCUCGGAACGUGGCCGGAGGACCCAUCACUUGA